AUGAACAUAAAGGGCAUUUACAUAAUUUUUUUAAGUACAUUUAUGUUUAGUAUUUCCGUUCGUGGUUAUGUUGGACAGUCAGAUGUGUGCAGAAAACACUCAAACUACUCCAACGAUGAAAUUGUGGCGCUAAUAUUAGCUCGUGGUGGAUCGAAGGGUAUUCAUCUGAAAAAUUUGGCGCAAAUCGGUUCAGACACACUGCUGAGCCGUACUUUGAAAACGAUUUUCAAUAGUAAAGUUUUUGCCGAUGUUUGGGUAUCGACCGAUUCCGAUUUGAUCGCUUCGGAAGCAAUAAAAUUCAAUGCCAACGUUCACAUUCGAGCAAAGCACUCAGCCGAUGACAGCACCACAUCGAUAGCAUCUGUUCAGGAAUUUUUAAAUAUCCAUUCGGAGAUUAAUAAUGUGGCUUUGGUGCAAUGCACUUCAGCAUUUCUAACGGUACGAUAUCUACAAGAAGCUGUGCAACUAUUUCAGACUACCCAAGUGGACUGUGUAUUUGCCGUUACAAGAAGCUUCAAGUUGCGAUGGAAUUACGACGCGGGAAAAUUGGUUCCAUUGAAUUUUAACUUGCUACAUAGACCACGCCGACAGGAUUGGAAUGGUGAACUUGUUGAAACGGGAAUGAUAUAUGUGACGAAGAAAUCACUUCUACAGAACGGAGCGUUCCAAAACGAAAGAUGUGGUUUCAUCGAAGUAUGUCCAUCUGACGAGCUAGAAAUCGAUUCACCAUCAGAUCUUCAGCUAGCUAAUGUUUUAAUAAAAUUACGGAAAAACUAUGCGGCAGUUUGAUGUGAGAUUAGAAGUUUUUAAUUUAAUUUGUC